AGUCUCGCACACAUUUUCCCUCUUCCUCUCUCUCCUUUCUUUUCUUUUUUCUUCGUUCUCUCUCUCUUGAGUUAUGUCAAUCAUGUAUUAAACCAGGCAGUCCAUUAUUCUCUUUUUACACCUUCCUUUUUUCUGUUUUCUGCAAGAUUUCAGCAACUCCUCCUCAAGCUUUGUUUUUUCUCUUCUCGUCUUCAUUAAAAGUCACCUUUUUGAACUCUUGGUGAUGGGUUGGGUUGUAUUCUUUAUGUGACUUAAAACCAACCCAAAGUUUUUUCAAUUUCACACUUCUUUUCCAUUUACAUUUUGAGUUUUUGUUGGUUGAUAUGUGAAGGGAUUUCUCCAUAAACUGCUGAAGGCCCUUCAUCAUUUCUUAGUUUAGUCCUUUUCUUAUCCGGGUUUGGUGGAUUUUUUUUUUGGUAUUACAUUUUUUUCCCAUUUGUUCUAUCCAAGUUGUACCGCCAUUAUUGUUGCUACUACUAAUUAUUGAAUACAUCUCAUUUAAUUUGGCUUUCUUUCUUAGGGGGUCUAUGAUUAAUGUGUUUUUUGUUAAUAAAUCUCUUCUGGGUUGUUGUCUAACCUGUUGUUUUCCUUCUCUUUAUUUGUUAAACUAAAAUUUCAGAGCCAAAAAAUGCUGCAGUAGAGCAACCACACUAAUCUGAAUCUUGUACAAUUUAUUUCUCUCUUUAAAUCUUAAGCCUUUUUAUCGUAACAAAAUCAAAACCCCAUUCUUCCAUCUAUAUGUGUUGUCAAAUAUCUCAUCUUUGAUUCUUGAUUCUUUGUUUCAAGUUGGGGUUUUUUUUUGGAAGAACACUUUUUUUUUCCCUUAAUCUGGGUAUUGACCAAAAUUCUUUGUUUUUCCGUUUCUUUCAGUCAAGGUCUCUUGUAUUCUCUGGUACAGAAUCUUUGAGUUUCUUUGUCUGGGGGUUUUUGUUCUGAGAGUAAUGCAAAUUGGAGGCAACCAAAAUGGCAAAUCUUGUUCCAGGGGUCCUUCUGAAGCUUUUACAACAUAUGAACACAGAUGUGAAGGUUGCUGGUGAGCACAGGUCAUCUCUAUUGCAAGUUGUGAGCAUAGUUCCUGCACUAGCAGGAGGUGAGCUGUUCCCCAACCAAGGCUUUUACCUUAAGGUUUCUGAUUCAUCUCAUGCUACAUAUGUAUCUUUGCCUGAUGAACAUGAUGAUUUAAUUCUUAGUGAUAAGAUACAACUAGGUCAGUUUAUUCAUGUUGACCGGUUCGAAUCUUCUUCACCGGUUCCUAUUCUUCGUGGGGUUAGGCCGGUCCCUGGGCGACACCCUUGUGUAGGGAGCCCUGAGGAUAUUGUUGCAACUCUUGGGUUUCUUAAUAAUGGUAUUAAAAGUGCCUUGGGUUCAAAAGCUGGAGAGAAAGUUAAGUCCCAAUCAAAAGCAGCGUUAGCUAGUGGUCACGGUGGAGAGAAAGAGAAAUCUGUUGGGAGUAGAUCAAAUGGUGGUGCAAAGGAGGAUCAAUUGGAUAAGAAAGCUACUUCUUUGACUAGAUCGAAGUCUCAAUUGACUAAAGCAGCAUUGAGUUUGGAUAUGAAGAAGGAAACCGUGGGGAAAUUUAAGGCACUAAAUUCACGGUCAAUUCCUUCAUCCCCCACAAGUUGUUACUCAUUGCCAACUACUUUUGAGAAAUUUGCCUCUGGGAUUAAGCAGCAGGCAGAAAUAAAGGGGAUGAGAAAAGGAAGUCCCAAGGUGGUAUCUAUGGAGAAAGCAAGUUCUUUGCAUGGGGUAACUCCAACUGGAAAAAAGGUGCCCGUGAUAAAUACCUUGGUUCAAGGGAUUGAAUUAGGGGUCAAGGCUUUGAGAAAGAGCUGGGAAGGGAAUAUGGAUGUGAAGGGUAGGGACCAUUCUAAACUGAGUGCUACCAAGCAUGAUCCCAAGAGAAAAUCUCGGAGUACUUCUGCUCCUAGAAAGAGCACAUCAAGUGAAAAGUUGCCAUCCAAGGAGGAGAAUAAGUUCCAAACAUCUACCAGGUCAUUAAAAGAGGAGACUAAAUCACAGGUGUCAACUAAGAAAGUCAUGACAAAUGGAAUGUUGAAUGACCAAGAGAAACCAAAUAAGCCAAGAACUUAUGUCGGGAAGAAAUGUGGAGAACUAACUAAUAAUGGUGCCUUAGGGAACUUGGUUAAGGUUCCAAUAAAUAGUAAAAGAUUGACAGAUGGAAGUGUUUCAUGGGUUUCACUCCCCUCAUCUCUUUCAAGGCUUGGAAAGGAGGUCAUGAAACACAGGGAUGCAGCACAAACAGCCGCAAUAGAAGCUUUACAGGAGGCUGCUGCUUCAGAGAGCUUGGUUCGAUGUUUGAGCUUAUAUUCUGAUCUUACUACUUCUGCCAAGGAAGACAACGCUCAGCCUGCGGUGGAUCAGUUCUUGACCCUCCAUGCAAGCUUGAAUAAUGCUCGCAUGAUUGCAGAUUCUUUAUCAAAAACUAUUCCAGUCGGUUCAUCCCCGGAAUCUGAAGGAAGCCCAUCAGAAGAGGCAGUGAAAGUUGCAUCGGAUAGACGGAGAUAUGCAGUCUCGUGGGUGCAAGCUGCAUUGGCUACCAAUUUGUCAUCCUUCUCUGUGUUUGCCAAAGAGCCUAAUUCAAUGCUAAGUCAUGCUUCAGCUUCUGCACAAAGCCAGAGGACUAUUCCUGCCAAUCAAAACAUAUUAGUUCUAGAAAAUUCUGCUAAGAAUGCUUCUGCAAAAGCCCAAGGGAAAACUCGUCCAGUAGUUGGCUCUAAGCUUGUAGCACAGGGUGUUCUUCGCAAAGCAGGGGAUGGAUCAGGCCUUGGUCCAAAGGCACCGGUCCAACCACCACCAGAAUGGACAAGGGGAAAUGGCCUUGAUGAGGUUGUCGACUUAGCUGAAAUGUUGCGAAUGGAAUCCCAGGAUUGGUUCUUAGGAUUUGUGGAGAAAUUCUUGGAUGCUGAUGUGGACACAUCUGCUUUAUCAGACAAUGGUCAAAUAGCUGGGAUGUUGACACAACUCAAGAGUGUCAAUAACUGGUUAGAUGAAAUUAGUUCAAGCAAAGACGAAGAAGAGACACCCAAUGUUUCUUUGGAGACAAUUGAUAGGCUAAGGAAGAAAAUAUACGAGUAUCUUCUUACGCAUGUUGAAUCUGCUGCUGCUGCUCUAGGUGGUGGAUCACAGUCGUCACCAUGCAGCCGCACGGUUGAAACAAAAGCAAAGAAGUGACUUGGCUAGCCUACAUGACAUGAAAUGCACAUAUGCAGUGUUGAUGCACAGCAGUUAGGCCCCUCAUCCAGCAAAGGUGGGAGGAGCUUACUAAUUUAUCAUGUACAUAAAUCCUACAUGGGUGCGAGGUAUAGAUGCAGUAGUCAUAUCAAAAGAAAUGUGUUUGAUGCAAAGUGCAGGUGUUUUCUUUUCUUUUUGCUUGGAAAAAAUGAAAAAAAAAAAAAAGAUUACAUUGUUAUUUGUUGCCUGAAAUUAUACAAAUGAAAACAGUCUGAAGAGUUGGGAGGGAGCUUUUUCUAUGUUCAACAUGAAUAUGUAUCUUUCAAAAUUCAUUUAAGAAUUGGAAAAGUUGUUCUAAAAA